AUGCAGGCCUGGAUAUUACACAUCAUCCACGGUGCCUUUAUGGGCAAUGCUUCCCAGCAUAAAGAGGCCAAAAAGAUGCUCCGGACUGGCAUUGACGCUGCCCAAGACCUUGGUCUGUUCCGACAGACUGUAGCUACGUGUGCUUCUCAGCCCUGGAUCCGGCCUCAUGAUGCGCCUCCGGAAGAGGGCGAUGGGCGCACACUGCACGACCUGUGGAUCUUAUACGUCGACGAGGAGACGACUAAGCUGUCCAUGUACACACUCCUCUUCCUGGACUUUCACAUCUCGGCUCCCUGUAACGCCCGCAUGUUGACCUCAUCGCUCGACCUCGACUGGGAGCUACCCUUCUCCAUUGCCCUCUGGGAAGCAGACACGGCAGCAAGCUGGUCCCAAGGCCUCAGCCAGGAGCCGCGUAUCCACGCCUUGCUCGGACCAGACGACGCGGCUGAGCCCCCUUGCCCUAACACGAGGUCGUUGGCCCUGGCCACGCAGUCGCUGAUGUCGGGGUCACCGAGCCCACAGCUCAUGGUGGCUCUGGCGAUGUCCCCAAUGGCGACUCUGUUCGUCCUGACAAACAUCGACGCCUUUGUCAGGGAUUUUACGCGCUGCAACUAUCAGAUGCCACCAGCCCUCUCGGACCCGUCAGCCUUUCACAUAUUCACACAGUCGCAGAAUAGGCAGGUCAUUGCAGCACUACGGCAUAUCUCUCGGGUGGUUUCAAGGCAAGAUUCUGGUGAGGGCAGAGGCUCGCCGCUGUAUCGACCUAUCUGGAGGGCUAUCGAUUGCAUAGGUCUUGCGGUCAAGGUUGCCCUCUACAAGCCCGACGACCUCCUCAUCGGCGGUAUUGUCGAUAGCAGCGUGGUCGCCGGCCUGGCAACGGCGACACACCUGACUCUGGGGCGCUACGCGGGCACAAGGCGGUCACUGGAGGCCUUGCUACAGCACAAUACGGGCGACGACACCGUCAUUAUGAUCCUCGAUGAGGCAAUGGCUUUACUAUCCUCCAUCCUAUCCAGUGGCCCUGCGCGAACCGCCAUGGGCCACUAUGGCCUCCUACAGAAUUGUCCUGGCCAUCUGGCGAUCGCUCAGGGACAAAUCCGCAGGAGAUUUGAGGCGCCCACGGUGAUAUUUCACGCGAUUAUGGAUGUAGCCAUGGAAGAGACCGCAGUGCCCGGCCAGAACCAAGGCCAGGAGGGGCUUGACGCCAUGAUGGCCGCCUCGCCGGAAUUGGCCGAGGCGUGCUAUGCGAAGCGGUGA